AAGCCGUUCGUUUGCAAGCUUCCAACCCCCUUCCCGAUGCACCAAUUUCCCAUGGUCAACCAGAAAUAGCGGGCAUAACCGGACUGCGGGAUUUUCUUGUAACGGAGUUAUAGCUGAACGGAAGACAAUCAAAUGGAUCCACCGCACGGCAUCUCUCGCUCUGCGGGCUAGCUGUCGCAUCUGGUUCGAUGUAACGAAUGAACAAAGUCCAGGGAAACGGACAGUACUUUGUCAGAUCUGGUUCGAUGUCGCUGUGGAUAGAGAUGAACGGUAUCCAGAAAAACGGACAGGUUUCAAACCCGGAUGUUCAUGUCUGCUUGGGAAACGAUCACCUCCCCGUUAUGUUUGCUCCUCUCUCUUUUUGAUGACGCUGAUGCAUAUCGGCAUGUAAAGUUUAACAGGCGAGAGUUAGCCCCUUUUUUUGUUGCCCUUUUCUGUUAAGCGAUAAUUUGGAAUAGACAUGUGAGAAGAUAAAAGAACCGGAAUCUGAUGCUAUACUUGUUGACUCCUUGAUAAUACUGGAUUCUUCUUAAAUCCAGCGGACUUUUUGAUUUCCGGAUUCCUUUGGGGCUGCAAAGAGGCUUGUUUGAUUGACGAGAGCCAGCGACGCUUUAUUUAUCUAUUUAUUUUUUCUCGGGUUCCUGAUAGCCAUGGCCACGAACGCGAACCCAUUGUUGAAGAAGGUGUACCAUGAGAACUGCCCGGGAUGCAAGCAGGACCGAAGAAAUGAGGCCCAUCCGGGAAUACCUUAUAAAGAAUUCUUUUAUAUAUGGGCCGUCACACUGUGCUCUGGGCUGAAUCAAGUUGGAUUUGUGACUGGUCAAGGUUGCCAUUGUAACAACUCUCUGCCCCUUCGAGACACCUUGUCCCCAAGGUGCAAUAUCGGAAAAGCGAAGGAUGAGAUCAUCAUGGCCCUCCCAAGGCGCUUCUUCUCUUAUGCCAUUGCUCCAACAAACAAGAAUUUUUAUUCGGAGAUGACCAUCGACACAGCAACGACGGUGAUCCAACACUUCUAUUGGAAUAUGUUGUCGAUCUUCAACCAAUAUAGGAGGCAAAGUAGAAGUGGUAGGAGGUUCUCCUCGGAAGGGCUUCAGUUUGGAAACAUCAAAAAUAUCAUGAAUAUGGGCUCUAGGAGGAAGCUUCAAUCUAUAAGCCGCAUGUUCGAUCUUUUCUAUCAUCUUGAAGGGACCAUAGAAAGUAGGGGACAGCUUGGAGUAAAAAGAACUCCUAGCAAAUGCUUGUCGGUAUCUUGGCAGUCGGAGAAGAGCAUAGUCACCAACAGAGAACUCCGUCUCCUUAUGCCGUCGAUCAUAAUAUUCUUCAUGCGAUUUUGGGCAACAGCUAAGUAUUGUUUUAAAGUCUUCAAGUGCUCAUCUCUUUCAGUUAACUCAGCAUCUACCAUUUCAUCUCUCGCAGCCCCUCUGACGUAGGAAGGUAUGGUAGGUGGUGGCUGGCCGUAUAAUGCUUCAAAUGGUGUCUUGUCGAUGACAGAAUGGUAAGAGGUAUUGAAGGACCACUUUGCCCAAGCCCUACCAAUAUCAUCAUUGUUUCCCUUCCUUUAUUUCAUGAUAAGAGACCUGCAUAUUUCCAAAAGAGAAGAAGAUAUUGGAUUUUAUGCAGGCUUUGUCGGAUCUGCAUUUAUGUUUGGGAGAGCUUUGACAUCUGUAUUUUGGGGAAUGGUUGCUGACCGAUAUGGGAGAAAACCAGUUAUAGUGAUUAGUAUUGUUUCGGUAAUUGUGUUUAAUACACUUUUUGGGCUUAGUACUAGCUACGUGAUGGCGAUUACCACAAGAUCACUUCUUGGAUUUUUAUGCGGAUUACUUGGCCCAAUAAAGGCUUAUGCUUCUGAAGUCUGCCGAAGAGAACAUCAAGCUUUGGGAUUAUCACUUGUUACCACGUCACGAGGCAUAGGUUUGAUUGUUGGUCCAGCAAUUGGAGGUUUCCUCGCACAGCCUGCAGAGAAAUAUCCAAAUAUAUUUUCUGAAGAUUCUUUAUUUGGGAGAUUUCCGUACUUUCUGCCAUGUCUUUGCAUAUCACUCUUUGCAGUGGGUGCAUUUAUAGCCUGUUUUUGGCUUCCAGAAACACUGCAUAUGCACAAGGAAAAUAGUUUGGGAGAUGGUACAGUUGAAUCUCUCGAAGCUUCCUUAAUUGGCUCUGAUCUGAAAAGAAACGAUGAAGAAACUGAAGGAAGAGAAUUGGCCUCUAGUAAGAGCUUAAUAAAGAACUGGCCGCUGAUAUCAUCAAUUAUUGUUUAUUGUGUUUUCUCUCUUCAAGACAUGGCCUAUUCAGAGAUAUUCUCCCUAUGGGCUGUGAGCAAUAAAAGUUAUGGAGGAUUGAGCUUUUCAUCCCAAGAUGUUGGCGAGGUGCUUGCAAUCUCAGGUUUUAGUCUGCUUGUUUAUCAACUGCUACUUUAUCCACAUUUUGCAAAAUGUUUAGGACCUAUCACUUCAUCUCGUGUGGCAGCGGUUUUAUCCAUACCAUUGCUUGCCAGCUAUCCAUUUAUGGCUAAGCUAUCUGGAUUUACACUUUCUUUGAUUGUGAACUGUGCAUCCUUGUUGAAAAAUGCUUUUUCUGUAACAAUAAUUACUGGGUUCAACAUUCUACAGAACAAUGCUGUGUCUCAACACCAAAGAGGCGCUGCAAAUGGUAUCUCUAUAACUGCAAUGUCUCUUUUUAAAGCUGCUGCACCUGCAGGUGGAGGAGCUCUAUUUUCAUGGGCACAAAGGCGUCAAAAUGCUUCCUUCUUACCAGGUGAUCGUAUGGUUUUUUUCGUCUUGAACAUUAUUGGAUUUGUUGGGCUCUUACUGACCUUCAAACCCUUCUUAAAUCAACCAAGUAGAAAGAGUACCACCUAGAGGUCUGAAUGCCAGGUUGAAGAAGUGAUGUAUGCAUGGGCUGCAUAACUGAAGCAGAGUUGGCACACAUUUUUAACAUUUUUUUCUUUCAUAUGAGUUUGAUGCUACACACAAGAAGCUGAGCCGCAAGUAUGAGCAAAUCCAAUGGUAAAAUGUGAUAUUUUGGUAAUUGUGCAUCUUUUCCGUACGUAUAAUUCAGGAGAUUGAUGACUCAUUUGAAUAGUCUGCACUGAUAUCUAGGUAACCACAAUUUUCUGAGGGUAUUUCUAGUGAAAAUAAAUGGAAGCUAGUUUCCGACCA